AUGUUCCUUGUCUCUGUUGUGAGGUGUUCAGCCUCUGGUGGAAAUGGAAGUGCUGCAAAGAGAACUACUCUUCACGAUCUGUAUGAGAAGGAAGGCCAGAGUCCUUGGUAUGACAAUCUUUGCCGUCCCGUCACUGAUCUUCUCCCUUUUAUUGCCCGUGGUGUUCGUGGCGUUACUAGCAACCCUGCGAUCUUCCAGAAAGCCAUCUCCACUUCAAAUGCUUAUAAUGAUCAGUUCAGGACGCUUGUGGAAUCAGGAAAGGACAUUGAAAGCGCAUACUGGGAACUCGUGGUGAAGGAUAUUCAGGAUGCCUGUAAGCUUUUUGAGCCAAUCUAUGACCAGACAGAAGCUGAGGAUGGAUAUGUCUCUGUUGAAGUCUCACCUAGGCUUGCUGAUGAUACCAAUGGCACUGUUGAAGCUUCUAAAUACCAGACAGUUACCAUUGUAAGAGUAUGUUUUGUUUCAUACUCCUCGUUAACUUGA